CCGGUCAGAAUGUCAACUGAGUUUCAGUAAUUCUGUGGUUUGGUGGUUUUGGUUUAUUCGGCUGAACAGCGAAAUGAGUAGUUUAAACAUUCCUACGGACUUCGGACCCGAUUCUGGAGGUAGAGUAAAGGGUCUGACCAUCGUGAAACCCAUAGUCUAUGGCAACAUUGCUCGGUCAUUUGGAAAAAAACGUGAAGAAGAUGGACACACACAUCAAUGGACGGUCUACGUAAAACCUUACUACAACGAGGACAUGUCCGCUUACGUGAAAAAAGUGCACUUCAAACUCCAUGAAAGCUACGCAAAUCCAAACCGGAUCGUCACGAAACCUCCCUACGAAGUGACAGAAACCGGCUGGGGUGAAUUCGAAGUGGUUAUAAAGAUAUAUUUCCAUGAUCCUAUCGAACGUCCUGUUACUUUGUAUCAUAUCUUGAAACUCUUCCAAUCGCCUGUUGUGGAACCUGAAAGUUCACUAUCCUUAGCUGACAGCAAGAAGGGUCUUGUAUCCGAAGCAUAUGAAGAGAUCGUUUUCCAAGAACCUACACAGCUCAUGCAACAUUACUUAACGAAUGUCCAGCCAAUAACAUCUGGACCCUGGAAACAUGACACAGAUUUUGAGAAGAAAAAAGUGAGAACACUACAGAACAUUGUAGAGGUGAAGGGGAAAAUCAAGUCAGAAAUUGUUGUGCUCAAGGAUAAAUUGAAAUUGGCGCGAGAAACUAUUGAGAAGUUUAAAAACGAAUUGGCUAAGGUGCAAAAAGUUCCGGUGCCAUAGAUUAAGAUGUCCUGUGAAAUUCUCAAGUAGUUUAUUGCAAUUUUUGUAAGUUAUGACGAUAUUAAUUUAACCCGUUUUAGUAAGUAUUACUCCUGUUUUUUAUUGACCCUAUUUGCGUCCAUACGCGGAUUUUUUUAUUGUUAUGCUUUGCUCAUUGAAAUAUUUCACUAAAGUACUAGAAAAAGUGUUAUAAAUGCGCUGAAGGUGUUAUUGUAACUGUAACCCUUCGAUCUCAAAAUAAAGAAAAAGGUGAUGGUUAUAACAUACACCUACAGUAUAGGAA